GACAAAGCGUCGCUCCGUGAGCUGGACAUCUGGAGGCGGCAGCAAAGUCGACGGACUCCUUCCCCAUUGCAUUCAUCGCAACAGAUAGCGCGUGUGAUGUUCUCCCGCACUGUGCUCGUUGCCGUGUGUUUGUUUCUGUUAACUGUUCAUGGGUUGCUAUCGUUUGAGGACGUGGACGCGUUCGAAGUCGACCCGACGUCAGUCACGCAUGGCCAGUACACUUUGGUCGCAAUCCAUCCUCACGACCCCGACGCGUUCACGGAAGGCUUGCUCUUUCACGACGGCAUCUUGUAUGAAUCGACUGGCCUCGACGGCAAGUCGUUCGUGCGGGAACACAGCACGAACCAGUUUGGUGUUCAUGUCAAGGAAUUCCGGUUUCCCGCCGACGUGUUUGGCGAAGGCAUAGCCAUCCUGGACGACAAGAUCUACGCGCUCACGUACAAGUCCAAGGUGGGAUUCGUCUUGGAUAGAAAGACAUUCGCCCUCCUAGACACAUUUCACUUUGAAACGACGACGGGCGAAGGGUGGGGUAUGACCACGGACGGACACAGCCUCAUCGUGAGCGACGGGUCGGCCGCGAUCCUCUUCCUCGACCCGAGCGACAUGCAUGUCGUCCGCACCAUCAACGUGACUCGCGCCGAUGGGUCCAAUGUGCGAAACGUCAACGAACUCGAAUACGUCCAAGGCGACUUGCUCGCCAACGUGUGGUUCACCAACACGAUCUUGCGCAUCGACGCGGCCACAGGGCGUGUGAUUGAAACAUUAAAUUUGGACCAUUUGCCGACGCUGGAAGGCCACGUCGGUGCCAUGCAUGGGCGAUGGAAGGCCGACGCAGUCAUGAACGGCAUCGCGUAUAACCCCGCCAACCAACACGUGUACGUGACGGGAAAGUUGUGGGAUUCCAUGUUCGAGCUCGAUUUGAACGCUCCUCGGCACCACAUUCGCCGCCACUCGUACUGAUUGCGCCCAUGGACGACCGAUGGAUCGAUUCGUGGUCGUUUGUGUAGCUCGCGGCCAACACAGGGUUGGCUGCAUCAAGAGCUUCAGCAGUUCCAACUCCCCGUAGAGGGUCAAAGCAAUUGUACGUUCACGGGUUCGUGUCGAACAAGCUAAGGUGCAUAUUCAUCCACCGAGAUACAGAAAUUCGUCUUUUUGUUUUUGCCG